CAUAUGCCUUUUAUCCCUUUAUAUACAAUUUCGAUCGGCAGGGUUAUCCUGAUACGGCAAUCGGAAACACCGGAGUUGAGAAUCCGUGCUGACAUCAUGGAUCCCAUGCUCCUGAAUUUCAGCGCGCGUGCUGAUUGGCUAAAGUUGAAAUCAACAGGAACCGUAGCCAAUCACAUGUGUUUCCAGCCUCGGUCACUCUGCAGCAGCUGAAUAAAACGGGGAGCCUCAGAAACCAGGCAGGAUCAGGUCCUCAUUUUCUGGCGACAGAUACAAAUACAACAUACCCGCAUCACCCCGUUGCUUGAAUGAUCAUCGGUUUCUAGACUACGGAGUACUUGACGUCGAGACUGUGGAGACCAUCCUUCUACUGUCACCAUGAAGUCCACCUCCGUGGUGCUUGCUCUGGCUGCCGCCCUGCCCAGCGUAACGGCUGCUCCCGAGCCCGCGGUUGCUCAGGAUUUCAGAAUCUCCAGCCACGUUCGUCGGUCGCUGCCCAACGCCCCCGAUGGCUAUGUACCCUCGUCCGUGGAAUGCCCGUCCAGCCGUCCGACGGUGCGCAUUGCAGAGAAAAUAUCCAAGAAUGAAUCCUCGUGGUUAGAUACCCGCCGUGACAAGGCUACCGCGGCCUUGAAGGAUUUCUUCGGUCACGUUUCGAUCGACAACUUCGAUGCUGCUGCGUACAUCGACCGGGUUAAGAGCAACUCGUCAAAUGUGCCUAACAUCGGUAUUGCGGUGUCUGGUGGUGGUUACCGUGCUAUGCUGAACGGUGCCGGUGCUAUCAAGGCGUUUGAUAGCCGGACGGACAACUCUACUGCCUCGGGGCAGUUGGGUGGACUGCUGCAGUCGUCGACCUACUUUGCUGGUCUUAGUGGUGGUGGCUGGUUGGUUGGCUCUAUCUACAUCAACAACUUUACCAGUGUUUCGGAUCUGCAGACGCACGAGGAUGGUGCUGUCUGGCAGCUUGAAAACUCCAUUCUGGAGGGCCCUGACACCGGCGGUAUUCAGCUUUUCGACUCGGUUGGCUACUGGAAAGACAUCCAUGAUGAAGUCUCGGAUAAGUCGGAUGCUGGCUUCCCGACUUCGAUUACAGACUACUGGGGCCGUGCUUUGUCCUACCAGUUUGUCAACGAUACCAAAGGAGGCCCCAGCCAGACUUGGUCGUCCAUCGCUUUGACUGAUGACUUCCAGGAUGGCAACAUGCCUUUGCCCAUCCUGGUGGCUGAUGGUCGUAACCCGGGCGAGUUGCUCGUCAGCAGCAACGCAACCGUGUUUGAAAUUAACCCCUGGGAAUUCGGUUCCUUUGACCCCACUGUCUUUGGUUUCGUCCCCACCGAGUACCUGGGAUCUCGUUUCGUGGGUGGAAGCUUGCCCGACAACGAGACCUGCGUUCGCGGUUUCGACAAUGGCGGCUUCAUCAUGGGUACCUCGUCCAGUUUGUUCAACCAGUUCUUCCUGAAUGUCAACAGCACUGCGUUGCCCGACUGGCUCAAGAGUAUCUUCACCAACAUCCUUGGUGACAUUGGUGAGGACUCUGACGAUAUCGCCGUCUACUCCCCGAACCCCUUCUAUGGAUGGCGCAACAACUCCUCCCCGUACUCCGGCUACAAGGAGCUCGACAUUGUGGACGGUGGAGAGGAUCUCCAGAACAUCCCUCUGCACCCGCUGAUCCAGCCUGAGCGCCACGUCGAUGUCAUCUUCGCUGUCGACUCCUCUGCUGACACGGAAUACUCGUGGCCCAACGGUACCGCGCUCGUUGCCACCUAUGAGCGUACCCAGAACUCCACCGGUAUCGCCAACGGCACUGCCUUCCCGGCCAUUCCAGACACCAACACCUUCAUCAACAAGGGCUUCAACCAGCGACCCACUUUCUUUGGCUGCAACGCCACCAACGCUACCAGCAGCUCUGGCGAUGUCGCUCCCUUGAUCGUCUACCUCCCCAAUGCACCCUACGUCCUCUACUCCAACGUCUCCACCUUCGAGUACCCCUCGUACAACGACACCUACCGUGACCUCCUCAUCCUCAACGGCCAGGACAUCGUGACGCAGGGUAACAGCACCGUGGACUCGAACUGGUCGACCUGCGUGGGCUGUGCUAUUUUGAGCCGCUCUUUGGAACGCACAAACACCGACAUUCCCCAGGCCUGCACCCAGUGCUUCCAGGACUAUUGCUGGGAUGGUAGCCUCAACAGCACUGCCCCAGCUUCGUAUGAGCCGACCACCGAAUUUAAGGAGGUUAGCGCCGACAAGAGCGCUGCGUCGAUUGCGAUGCCUACGUUGUUCUCGGUGGUGGUGUCUGCUGGCGCUGCUUUGUUGUUGAUGUAGGCUUGUAGCCCCGAUCUUCUUUUCACUUCUACUUUUGAAUUUUGGAUUUUGACACUAGUUGGAUAAUACCAUUUUGCUCGUUAUGAGAGGAUAUAAACCAAUAAAUUGAAUUGCUUGGAAUAAACGAUGUACCGUUGCAUUUUUGUACGAUCGUAGACGCACGUGACCAUCACCAC